AUGUCAAAUGCUGGUAAAGAUCCCACGCUUUGGGGUAUCGAAGUAAAUGGACGAGAAGGUUACGCACCAAAGGAGUAUAUUUUGGAAGAAAAAGUAUUAGUGAAAGAUAAGGACUUAUUGUAUACCGUACCUGUCACUGGUUCACAAACAAUAUCUUCAACUGCACCACCAACACCAGCUGCAGCGCUAAAACCUUCAGAAAAUAUUCCAAUAAAAAAGGAAGAUGUGGAGACAACCACCACAGCACCAUUGUUGCCACAAAUAGAAACUGAAAAAUCAAUUCCUCUAACAAGUCGGGAGAGGGAACCUACUAAGGAAGAUAUAAGUCAAGCGACACCUGUGCAAUCUAGUAUUGAAAUUAUUGAUGGUACAGAAAUACCGGUUUUAGAAAAAGUGGAUGAAAGACAAAAUAACUUCCUGGAAAAGAGUCCUGAUAAUGAUGAGGUACCAGAAAAACAACCAUUUGAAAAGAGUAUCGAAACCUCAGAGGUUGAAAAGCAAGUGUCUAAGCCCGAACAAAUUAUUAAUAAUGCUGCUCAACAACAUAAUACUUCAAUAACUGAGGAUUCAAAAGAUAUCGGAAGAGAGUUACCUACAUUAGGAUCCGCAGAUGAUGACGGUAAUAUUGAAGAUGAUGAGGAUGAAUAUGGCGAAGAUGAAGACUAUAGCGGAGAAAAUGAGGAUGAUCCCAUAUUGGGUGAAAAUGGUGCAGAGAUAACUAAAAAAGAAAGCAACGACUCAAAUUCGCAGACCGAACAAAUGGAUCUUUUAAAUGCCCAAAAUUUUAAUAAAACCGAUGAAGAUAACAAGGCAGAGGAUUCCUCCGAAACUGAUAAAUCAAAUUUAAAUAUAAUUGAUGGCACAGAAUCUCAUACAAUGGAGGAAAAGCCUUCAAUCGAAUCAUUGGGCGACAAUAUAACUGUCAUAAAUGAGACUAUCGGCACCGAAACGACAACGGACAAGCCAGUUACCGAAUCGGUUACUUUGCCACAAGAAGAGUUAUCCGUACCACAAGAAGUAGCUUCCGCUGAAGUGUCAUCGGCAAGUGCAAUUGCAAAUGAACCCGGCAAAGAAGUUCCUAGUGUAUUAAGUGAAAGGCUACAAGUUCCUAACACAUUGGCCGAUACUACACCUCUCGAAAGCGAGUUACAAUCUAACGUUUCUAUAGAAACUACACCCCAAUCAACGUCUGCAACUACGAGCGAGAUAAAAGUCGAUGACAAUGCAACAACUGCUGAACAUAAUGUGCCUACUUUACAAAUGUUUGAAACACCAACUCAAUAUCAACCUCAGGAUAAGUACAAACAGGAGCAACAACAUACACAUGCCCAUACGCACUCGCAAGAGCAACAGCAUACAUAUCAGUUUCAUCCACAAGAUCAACACCAAAAUCUAGAUCCGAGUACACAGCAAAAUAAUCCACAAGAUCAACACCAACAUCUUGAUGCGAGUACGCUCCACGAUAAUAUUCCUCAAGAGUCGGAAGAAACUACAACAAAGGCAGCGGAUGUGGCAGUAAGUCAACGGUCUGGAGACGAGGAACUGCAUACACCUUAUUAUCCCAAACCGAUCGAUGAGCAAACGUUAAAUCAGCCACCACCCGGUGUAUAUUCCUACGAAACGGUCACAGAAUCAUCGACAAGUGAAGUGAAAUCCGAACAAUUAGAUACGGUAACUCCUUCAUCAAGUGAUGCUCAGCAAAGCAACGAAGUCAACGAUGCAUUUGAUAAAUACGUCGAGUCAAUGAAAAGAGAUGAGGAAAGUCGCCACACCAGCUAA